CCAGUCAAUCCCCAGCGCCGCGGCCUGCCUCUGUCCCCGGGGGUCUCCCUCCCGCAUGCCUUUCCCCGCAAAAGGGGAGGCCUGGGCGGCAUGGCCUUGGCCCUCGGAGGCGCCCUGUGGCUCCUGCUGCUCGCCCUGCCCAGAGAGGCCCUCCCAGCAUCAUUUUAUGGUGAAAGCUAUGUGCAGUUAAAUGUUGCUGAAUCCUCCCCGACAACAUCACUGAAAUUACGUUUUCUCACCAGUAAGCCAGAUGGAUUGCUUUUUCUGGCUGCAGGAAAAGAAGUUCUUUUUCUGGUGGAAUUAUGUUCUGGAAAUGUACAGGUCAGAAUCAAUGUUGGAGCAAGCGAAUGGGUCCUUGUUCCCAGAUGGAGUCCUCAAAUGAAUGAUUUAGCAUGGCAUCUUGUAGAAGUGCAUUCUGAAGGAGAUACAAUAUCUCUAGUUGUUGACAAAAAGUAUCAAGCUAGCACAAAAUUGCCAGGAGCUUUUCCUGAAUUACACUUUGAACGUGGUCUCUAUAUUGGUGGGAAUGGAAACCUUGAUGCCCCUUACCUUGAUGGUGCUCAAACUAACUUCAGGGGAUGUAUUAACGAUGUGAUAUAUAACAGCCAUGACAUCCUAACAUCUCUGAGACCUUCUCCUAGAUUUAAAAACAUUCAUGAGGUGUCAUUGAGCUGCAGCGAUGAAUUUUUUGCAAGUGAAGAGGAACCCAUUAGUUUCUUUAGCUCAAAGUCAUAUGUUUCUUUUCCUUUGUGGGAUGUCCAGGCAGGAGGAGUCCUGGAGUGCAUGGUGCAAACCACAGCUCAGAGGGGCUUGUUGAUCUACAGUUCUGGUCCAGGGGGAGACUUUGUUGCAAUGGAAAUUGAAAACGGACUCAUUAAAAUUCAUAUAGGAAAGGGGAAGGACAGAAUUCAGUUUUCUUCUCUUAGCCCAGUCAACGAUAACCACUGGCACUCAGUCAAACUAACAUUUUCUGCAAAACAUAUUGAGUUUACACUGGAAAGGGAAACAGUGAAAAGACCUUUGCCCUCGCAGAAUAAACUUCCAGUUCUAAAGGAGGCUCUUUAUAUAGGUGGAAUAAGUGAUGUUGUCCGGGCAGAAGUGCUGAAACUAGGGUUAGCUUCAGUUUCUGGGAGAUAUGCUCAAGUAGGAUCAUUCAGAGGUUGCUUGAAAGAUUUGAAAAUUGACUCACAAAGGAAGUCCUUGAAGAAUGUCCUCAUCACCAAGGAUAUUUCAGUUGGAUGCCAAAGAGAAGGUGACUUUGCUCCAAAUCCUAUUGUCGCACCUGUGGGAACAGCAGCUCCUGUUUCCACUAUUGUCUCUGAAGUUUCCAAAUUCCAUGGGAAAGAGAGUCAUUACCAGUUUUUGAUUGUCAACAACUUGAUUGUUCCUGAAGGUGGGCAAGCAGCUCUUGACUCUAAGCACAUUAAACUCAAUCUGGAAUUCAAGAAACUAGGCAUUCGCCAGUCACAAAUUGUUUUUAAAAUUAAAAAUCAGCCUUCCCAUGGCCAAUUGAGGUUGGAUGUCGAGCCAGAGCAGGAGGAGUCCACAUUUACCAUGCUAGACUUGUGGCAAGGCAGAGUUCUGUAUGUCCACGAUGGCUCAGAGGAAAGCUAUGAUUAUUUCACCUUCUCCAUUUCUACAAGCAGCAAAAAGGAGAUGCCACCAUAUUUGAAAGGAAACAAGGACUACAUGUUUACCAUUACAGUGAAACCAAUAAAUGAUGCUCCGGUACUUACACUCCCAAAUGGGAAUUUGUUGUUUCUUUUAGAAUACUCCAAGAAACGCCUGACUAUAGACACAAUCACUGUUUUAGACAGUGACUCAAGUGCAGCAGAUCUUGGUAUUAUGGUCCUUGGAAAUUUGAAUGCAGAUGCAGGAUUUUUAGAAAAUUCCAAAAAUCCUGGAAGUGCUAUUACUGAUUUUUCUUACAGCGACUUACAAGAUGGCCAUAUAUUUUUUGUUCAUACUGGGGUUAAGAAUUCCAGAAUUGUUCUACGAGCAAGUGAUGGAGAGGAAGUUAGCAAUACAGUUGUGUUGCGGGUCGUAGCUAUAGCCUUGGAUUAUAAAUUAGUUAACAACACUGGAGUUGAGGUGCUUCAAGGAAAUGUGGCCCUGAUCAGUCUCAGUCAUUUGGCCACCGAGAUAAAUAUUGUCCAACAAGAGUUGGAGAUACGAUAUGAAAUCACAGAGCCACCCGGCUUUGGGGAAAUCCAGAGGCGCCAUAAUGGUGGGGAAUGGAAGAAGACAAACUCUUUUUCUCAACGCUCCAUUGAACGUGGCCGAGUAAGAUAUGCUUCUACUUUCAAAGCCAUGCAGCUGGAUAAUGUCCUGGAGCACUUUAAAUUUAAAGUUAGCAUUGGCAGCACAAUAAGUGAAGAGUUUGUGUUUCCUAUCACUGUGAAAUGGUUGAGAUAUAACUUCUUGAGAAAUGUGCCAUUAGAAAUUGAUAAAUUAGAACGAAAAUACCUGAACUCCAGUCAUCUUCUUACWGUGAUAUCAGAUGUUGAAGWACYRCAAAGUGAAUUGUAUUAUAAGUUACAGUCCUUGCCUGAGAAAGGAAACAUUCUCCUUAAUAAUGUCCCUUUGGAWAUAAAUUCAAGCUUUAGCCAGCAAAAUAUUUCUGACAAUAAAGUAGAAUAUCAGUUGCUCAGUAGACCUCRUGGRGAAACCCAGGAUUCAUUUCAGUUUCUAAUUUUUACAAAAUAUGUGGUCUCAGAUAACUUUGAUUUCRAMAUCAGCAUUAAAACAGACCCAUGGAGCAUUCUGUUGACAAACACUGGCCUYACUAUUACUGAGGGUGAAGGAAAACUGAUAACAGAAYUGGAAUUAUUUGCACGAACUAUUGAUAAUAAGAYUUUYCAGUAUAAAGUUACCAAGAKCCCUUCCYAUGGAAAGUUGUCACUUAUUAAUUUUUCUGAUUCUCCAGAAAGUAACAAUAAUCUUACUAGUUUCACAAACCAGGAUAUAAUUGACAAGCGUCUUUUGUAUGUGCAUGAUGACUCUGAGACACAGUAUGAUGAAAUCGGUAUCACAGCUACUGCCAUAAAAUCUGAGGAAUGGGUAAGCUCUGCCAUGGGAACAAAACCAUCUUUAUCAGCAGAGAUCACAUUUAACAUUUCUAUCCAACUGAAAAAUGAUGAGAAACCUGUACGUGUAGUAGAUAAGGUCUUUCAUGUUGUUAAGAAUGGAAGGAAACUGUUGACAUUGGCUGAUCUCUGUUACCAUGACCCUGAUAUUGAUUUUGAUGAUAUGCAAUUGUUGUAUACCAGGCGUGGCAUUCCAAAUGGAGACUUGGUUCUUGUCAAUGAAACCUCUCACAGACUGUAUCAGUUCAAGCAAGAAGACCUGGCACAAAUGCGAGUCCUGUUUGUACACCGUGGAGCAAACUAUGGCCGCUUUGUGCUUUUUGUCACUGAUGGGAAGCACUAUACCUCUUCAUUGCUGGAAAUAAGUGCUUCAGACCCUUAUGUCCAUCUAGGAAACAACACAGGAUUAUUGAUUCAGAAAGGAAGAGUGGGAACAAUCACUACAGCUAACCUGAGUGCUACCACAAACCAAGACAUUAGAAGUGAUCAUGAAAUUGCAUUCCAAAUUAUUUCAUCUCCAAAGUAUGGACAAAUCUUGGUAAAUAAUUUAGCACUGAGCAAAUUCACUCUGCAUGAUCUCAAAGUCGGAUACGUGACUUACAGGCAUGAUGAUAGUAACCAUUUGACUGACAUGUUUAAUUUUACCGUUUAUGCUAAAGGAGUCCAGCUGGAUGCUGUAAUGAAUGUUCGUAUAUUCUUGGAAAGUCAUCAGCGUCCACCAGUGAUUGUACAUAAUAGCAGCCUGUUGGUUGAAGAAGGAAAACCAGUUAAAAUCAAUAAAGGAAAAUUGCUGGUUGUACAUGAAAACAGUAUGCCAUCAGAGAUAGAGUUCAAAGUAACAUCACCUCCACUUUAUGGAUACCUUCGGAGGUUUACAUCAGAGGAAGCCUACUUUGAACCAGAAGAUAAUCCAGUUUUGUCCUUUACCCAGCAAGAUAUCAAUGAUGGUAACAUCCAGUAUGUGCAGACCUCUUCUGAUCAACAUCAAGACCUGUUUUCCUUGGAUGUGACUAACGGUAUCCAGGCAGUCAGUGGGAUAAAAAUCAUGGUAGACAUUAUCCCAAAGCUCAUCCCAUUGGAAGUGUGUAACUUUACAGUUGCUGAAGGGGGAUCAAUAACUCUGGAGGAAGCUUUUCUUAAAAUUGCUAAUAGCCAUUUUGAGGGGCUCGAUUGUGAAUUCAAUUUAAUUGAAGGACCAAAAUAUGGGCGUAUUGCAAUGUCUCACUUUCCUGGAGUGGCAUUAACUAAAUUUACAAGGAAACAGGUAAAACAAGGAUUAAUUUUAUAUAUUCAUGAUAACAGUGAACAACAUUUUGACAGUUUUACCAUCUUAGCAAACAGCUCGGAACUGCAAAAACAAAGCCUGCCUCAAAAGAUAUAUGUGGUUGUUACACCAGUAAAUGAUGAAGCUCCUAUUAUAAAGAGAAACAAUAUACUUCGGGUCUGGGUGGGUUCGGUGACUGAAAUAACAAUGAACGAUCUCUGCGCAGAAGAUAAAGAUUCAAUUUCUGCAGAACUUGUGUAUUCGGUUUCUCCUCCAAACAAUGGCCACUUGGCUCUCAAGUCGUCACCAAACAAAAGUAUCCUUAAUUUUACCCAAGCUCACAUUGAGGAAGGACAAUUAGUGUUUGUUCAUAAGGGUGCUAUGUCUGGAGGCUUCAAUUUUCAGGUUACAGAUGGUCUGAACUUUUCACCUCGGCAAAUAUUUAGCAUCACAGCUCGAACUUUGGUUAUUCGACUAGAAAAGAACAACGGACUGGCAGUUUUCCCAGGUUCCAGGAAGGCAAUUACAUCUCACAACUUGAAAGCUGUCACCAAUGAUGUGACUGAGACAGAAAACAGAACAAUAUUUUUCACUGUUACAAAUCCUCCCCAAAAUGGAAGGCUCAUCAGCGUGUACUUCGGUAACAGCACACAUGAUAUUUCAAGUUUUACGCAACUGAUGGUGGAUAAAGGAAUCGUCAUCUAUGAGCAUGCAAAUAAGGAAGCAGUUGAUUGGGAUGCCCAAGAUUAUUUUAUCUUUACCAUCUCCUCCCCACCAGCUGUCCUGGGCCCUCAAGUAUUUCACAUCAAUAUAUCUUAUGGAAUUCAAGGACAUGGCCAAAGUAGCCAGCUAUUGGCAAACACAGGUGCUGUUGUACAGGAGGGAGGCCAGGUUAUAAUUGGCAAAACCAACCUGGAUGGUUCAAACCUGCUCUCCAAAUUACUGGAGGCCCAGCGUUCCAUGUUUGAAGUAUGGUAUGAGGUUGUAAUCUUGCCCCAACAUGGGAGAAUUGUUGUGGGAGAAAGAAACAUUACAAGGGAGAAGCCUAAUUUCUCCCAGUACAUUGUUAACAAAUUUGGAAUCACCUAUGUGCAUGAUGAUUCGGAAUCACUCAGUGACCAGUUCUUAUUUGCAGUGUGGCUAAAUCAAAAGGGCAGAUCUACAGCAAAACCAGAUUCUGAUGUUUUAGAAGAGUUAUUUAAUAUCACUGUUGUGCCAGUGAAUGACCAAGCACCAGAACUGAAGACAAAAAGACUUCAUUUGAAUGUGUUACAAGGGGAUACAGCAGUUCUAGGACCGGAAAACCUGAAAGUGGAAGACUUAGAUAACACACCAGAAGAGAUCAAAUAUACCAUCAUAAGUAAUCCCCAAAAUGGUUAUUUAGCAUUCCAGAGUCAUCUCAGUGAAUCCAUCAAAGAUUUCACACAAGCAGAUGUUGAUAGCAGUAAAGUUUUGUUUGUUCAAGAUGGAAGUUCUUCAUCUGGAGUUUUUUACUUUAGUGUAACAGAUGGAAAACACCGUCCAUUGUACAAACUCUUUAGUGUUGAAGUGACUCCCAUGUCAGUCACCUUGGUCAACCUAACAGAGGUGGUGCUUACACAGGGACAGAAUACUGUUACUAUUACAAAUGUGCAACUUUCAGGAGCAACAAAUGGGAAAAAUACUGAAAUCAUGUUUGAAGUAACAGAUCCCCCCAAGCAUGGACAUCUACGUAUCGGUAAUGAACAGAUAAAUUUGUUUCGACAAGCAGACAUAGAUGCAGGAAGACUGUCAUAUUAUAUGACAGACCCCACUGUAGUUAGAGAUACAAUGGAAUUCAUGGUGUUCACCUUGGACAGCAACCUCACAGGACAGGUUUUGAAUAUUACAGUACAACCCUUUGUGCGAAUGGCUCUUGACUUGAAUAUUUCGAAUUGCGUGGCCUACAAACUGAAAGCAAGUGACUUUAAUACCACAGAAUUAGCAAAUCUAACUGACAGCAAUCCUGAAUUUGAAAUAAUUGUUUCCCCGUUUUAUGGAAGAGUGUUGAAGAGGCCAUUGAGGAGCGUUAAAGCUGAAAGAUCAGUUGUGUUCACUCAAAGUGACCUUGAGAGAGGUGUUGUUUUUCUUGAAGCAUGUGCCAAUAUGACAGGUGUUGAUAUGCUCAAUGAUUCCUUCACCUUUAUACUUCGAGCAAACAGUGUACAGCCUGCUAUAGGUCAAUUUCACUAUGCCAUAUUGCCACAUGAUCCUUCAUUACUCCAGAUGUUCACUUCCGAAGUGCCUCUCUUAACCAGUACAAAUAUUUUAAAGAGUUAUACCAUUACACAAAAUGAAGUUGAUGUCUUUCCAAGGAAAGACUCAUAUACUGAAGCAACAGCACAAACGCAGCGGCACAACCAAAACCACUGGGUACAUCUGAAAGACAGAGAGGCAAUGUAUAUUGAGGAAGCUGCAAAAGGCAAAUCUGUUUGGGCUGAGACAACAAUGAAAACAAGUGCCCGAACCACUAGGGAUCAAUCCCUGCCUAGCAACAACUGGCUGUUCAUCAUUAUUCCUCUUGCAUCUGUAGCAGCUUUAUUUAUUGUGGCUGCUGUUGCUGUUUGUAUCUUCCUAAUAUGUCACAAACCAAAGAAGGCCAAAUCUCUCAUUGCAGAAAAGUCACCGGCAGCUCCUAUUAGCCCAGGCUUUUCUUCUGAAAGGAGCCUAACUGUUCCUACAGUCACAGUGACACCCCUGUUAAAAGAUACAAGCAAAGGAACAGCGUUUCCAUUCUCUGCCUUCAAGCAGGAGCGGCUUCUGCCAGUGCCUAUUACUCCAACUCCAGCCUCUCAAUCUGCAGAAGGACUUCUGCAAAGCAGCUGGUCCAAACUUGACCCAGAAAUGAUCCAGCACUGUCGAACAACCAAUCCGACUUUGAAACGCAGUCAAUACUGGGUAUAGAGAAUGUGUAGGCAUUUGACAACUCUUUAGGAUAUGUAUGUAUUUUGAGUUAAUGUAUCGCAUUCCCUAAUUCAAGAAUGGGCAACUUUGGUGGUUCCUGGGGCCAGUUUUGCCCGCAGAAUCCUAAAGACAGGAUAAGAGACAUAUACACUGCCAAAAAAAUUGCCCCAAAAUGGGAGGAACAGAAGACAAACCUGAAAGUGGUCAAGAAUCCAUUUCUGCUUUUUGAAAAAUUAGGUAUUUCUUACAAUGUUAGACACUGGAGAGGCAUGAUGCAAUCUAUUUAAAUGGCAAAUAGCUUCUCCUGGAAGCUUCUAGGUGAUACAGUUUAUAUAUUUUGCUAAACAAGGGGCUAGUGGCGGAGUGUUGUAUGCAUAGCUGUCUUUGACUCUGGAUGCAUCCCUAGGGCUAUACCUGCUCUAAUUGGUGCAUGGUUCAAAUUAGAGAAAUCAAUAGUAAAUGUAUAGUAGAGCUUCAACAUGUUCAUUGAGCUCCAACCUGGAUAGUCAUUUUAUGAGCCAAAUAUAUAGGGAGAAGUCCAGUGAGCAUUGGGGUCUAAAUACCUUAAAGGCACCAGGUGGAAAUGUAAGGAGUUGGGGUUAGAAAGAAAUCUUUGAGUCAUGUAAGAUUGUAGGUUUGGAUUUUGUCCUAAACUUAGUCACAGAAUUGGUACAGUCACAGCCCUUACCAUUGACUGGUAUUCUGAAACUCCCAAACAGGGCAGUAUAACAAAUCUUGAAACAAAUUUUGCCUAUUUUCACCUUUCUGCCCAAAUAGGGCAGUUUGAUGUGAGUAGAGCAUGCAGAACAAUCAUCAGUGGCCCCACAUGGAUACCUCUAUAUGUGUCACCUUCUCUCUCUCCA